GUAUGAGUAUGCUGUAUUUAAGUGUUCUUUUGAUGACCUGGGUUACUGUGAUCGCAGUACCAGCUCAGGACCAGACUCACUCGGAUUGACCAAAUUGUUUAAAUCAGGACAGUCAGAUUUGUCGAGUAUCAGCAGUAAGAAUGAGCUGUCUGUUUCUGAAAUUAAACAUAAAGCAGUUAUUGAGGUAAACGAAGAAGAAAGCGAAGCAGCUGCUGUAACUGGAGGUGUUAUUGUUGUUACUUCUUUAGGUCCAAUUUUUUAUGCUGAUCAUCCAUUCCUUUUUAUCAUCAGAGACAACAGAUCUGGCAUGAUCCUCUUCUUGGGACGUGUCAACGAGUUUUAG